UCAUAUACUCAUAGUUUGUCAUAAAUCUCACACACUCCAACUCCCCUUUCAUUCCCUCAAAAAUCAUAAAAUGUGUGAUUCCUCCUCAUAAACAUCAUGACUACCAUCAAAAAGAACCAUUUCCAAACCAUAUUUUAUCUUCUUUUAUUCAACAUUCAUCAAUCUUUUGGUCUCACAAUUGAUGGCAUUUUGUUACUCUCAUUCAAAUACUCUAUACUAAAUGACCCUUUACAUGUUCUAGACAAUUGGAAUGUCUUAGAUGAAACUCCUUGUUCAUGGUAUGGCAUCCUAUGUGAAAGUACCUUAACCGAUAUCUAUGUCACCGGAUUAUCACUUCCUAACUCCAAACUCCAUGGUUCCAUGCCCGAAAAUCUUGGUUUGAUCCAAAACCUUAAAGAAAUCGACUUAUCGAAUAAUUCGAUCAACGGGACUAUCCCAUUGUCUUUGUAUAGUGCACCUAAGCUUCAAUUACUUGAUCUUUCCAACAACUUCAUAUCUGGGGACAUUGUCGUGUUUGCUGGAGGCUGGCAAAGCCUUAAAAUCCUUAAUGUUUCAGGUAACUUGUUAACUGGCAAGUUACCCGAAACUCUGGCAUUGUUGCCCAAUUUAACGAUUGUUUCGUUAAAGGGCAACUAUUUUCAUGGUGAAUUGUCAAAUGGGUUCGGUUCCGUUAAAGUUUUCGAUGUUUCGUACAACUUUAUUAAUGGGUCAUUGCCUAGUGAUAAUUUUGGUAAUGGUGCACUUGAGUAUUUUAACGUGUCACAUAACAAUAUUUCGGGCGAGAUCCCGCAAGGAUUCGUGAAUAAUGUUGCAAAAAAUGUGACAAUUGAUUUUUCAUUUAAUAAUCUCACGGGAGCUAUUCCGGAAUCUAGUAUUUUUUUCAAUCAAGAUGAGAUAUCGUUUGCUGGAAAUCCGGGACUAUGUGGGAAACCUAUAAAGUUGUGUGUGAUCCCUUCUUCGGUUUCAACUCCACCGAAUAUUUCUUCGGAUUCGUACCCGCCCGCGAUCGCGGGUAUCCCAGAAACGAUACCCGCGUCACAGUCAAGCAAUGAGACUUCUAGUGGAUCAUCAUCGAAAAGUAGGUUGAAAACGAGCACGAUUGUUGGCAUCGUAGUGGGAGAUAUUGCGGUCGUCGCGGUUUUGGCUUUUGUUUUUAUUUACAUUAUAAAAAAACGUCGCCAGAAUAAAUCAGAAUGUCAUCAAAAUAAAGAAAAUGAACUUCGAAAGGAGUUUGAUUGGGGGUCAGCUUCUGAUGAUGAAAAUAAAGGGUUACGAACAUGGGGGUGUUUGAUGAAGAGAAAAAGCACCGAAGACGCAGAAUUGAGCGAAAGUUCUAGCUCCGAAUGCUCGGAGACGGAAAUGGCCUUGUCCGAAAAGGGCAAACCCGAGAGUUUGACGAAGAAUGAAGGAGAGAAAAAAGGGUUGGUGACGGUUGAUGGGGGCGAAAAAGAGUUAGAGCUCGAGACGCUAUUAAAGGCAUCAGCGUAUAUACUUGGGGCAACCGGGUCAAGUAUUAUUUACAAGGCGGUUUUGGAGGAUGGUACCGCUUUGGCAGUAAGACGGAUCGGUGAAAAUGGGCUAGAGCGGUUUAGGGAUUUUGAGAACCAGGUUCGGGUGAUUGCUAAGCUAGUACACCCGAACCUGGUUCGAGUUCGUGGAUUUUAUUGGGGUGCGGAAGAGAAACUUGUUAUCUACGACUACGUUCCCUAUGGCAGCUUGGCCAAUGCACGUUAUAAAAAAGGUGGAUCGUCGCCAUGUCCGCUACCGUGGGAGGUGAGACUCAAGAUAGCGAAAGGCACGGCCCGUGGCCUAUUGUACAUUCAUGACAAAAAGCAAGUGCACGGAAAUCUAAAACCUAGUAACAUCUUAUUAGGAUCCGACAUGGAGCCAAAGAUAGGAGACUUUGGGCUUGAGAGGCUAGUGUUAGGCGAUCAAAGUUGCAAAGUGGGUGGAUCAACCCGAACCUUUGGUAGUAAGAGGUCGAAUGCUUCUCGAGAUGGUUUUGGUGAUAUUACGAUUGGGGCGAAUCCGAGCCCUAGUCCAAGUUCUAUGGGAUGCAUUUCUCCAUAUUACGCACCGGAGUCACUUAGAAGCCUAAAACCAAACUCAAAGUGGGAUGUGUAUUCAUAUGGUGUUGUGUUGCUAGAACUUUUAACGGGAAAGGUUAUUAUCUCGGAUGAGUUUGGGCCCGCUAGUAUGACGUGGAGUGCCACGUUGACAAACGAAGAAAAGAAAAAGGUGUUGCGAAUGGUUGACGUGGCAAUUCGUGCUAAUAUGGAAGAUAAGGAAGAGGCGUUAUUGGCACUGUUGAGAGUAGCUUAUAAUUGUAUAUCAUCAAUUCCGAAUAAAAGACCACAUAUGAAAGAGGUGUUACAUGUUCUUGACAAAUUCCCUUCUACUGGUUUCUCAUAUUAUUGAAAGGGGAGGAAAUUGUAGAGAUGUGUAUUUAUGAUUGAAAAAUAUUGAGUAAUUGGUUGUUUUAAACUAUAAAAACAAAUUAUUGUCUAACGUUUGUAACUAGAUAUGGAGAGAGUAGAGAUGACAUUUGAGAUUAAUAGUUGUGUAUAUAAAGUUUGUUAAGUGUGGUUACCAAUAACAUUAACCAAUUGUAAUAGAACUUCAUUCAACAA